CCACAAGAAGUUUCAAUUUUCUAAGGGUUUCAUAUUUUUUCAAUACCAAAUCUAUUCCAAACUCUUGAUUUUAAAACAACGCAUAAUGAAUCCCAAGGGGAAAGUGAGAGUCUCAGAACAACAAGAAGAAUUUGUUUAUCCAGAAAAAAAUAGUGGAACUUGGAUGUUUUCAAAGUUAAUCGAGUUACUGUCCUUUGAAGAUGAGAAGAAUCAGAUUGAGUCUCCACCCUCAGUUUCCAAAAGCACCAAGGCUUGUCCUCAACAUGUAACAAUGAGAUCCACCCCUUCAACUAAAGGAGUAUUGAAGAGUAUGAAACGAGUUGGUGAGAGUCCAAAAGAAAAUGCAAGAUCUUGUUCUGUUAUUCGCCCACGUGCAGUCUUAUCUAGUCCCGAAAAUGAUGGGUUAAUUGGAAGCAUAAAUGACUUGAACCGCAGUAUAUCAUCAGGUCACAGAAAGAAAGAUGCAAAAGGGAAGAUAGAAGCUCAAGCUAAAGUUUUGUCUAAUCAGGUGAAGGAAGGAAAAUAUUUGGACAGAGAGGAAUGUGAGGCAUUCAACAAAGGAAAAACUCCUUUUAAAGCAAAAGUGUAUGUUAGAAACUUUUAACUUUGAAAAAAGGCCAUGCCUGAAAGAAGGGACAUCAAUCAAACUCGGUCCAGUUUGAUUCUUAUAUUAUACGUUCAUUGAGUUGGGCUUUGGUAAUUACAAGUUGAAAUAGGAAAUCCUUCCAAGAGUUAUUUUUGUGUUCUGUAUUUUAUAAAUUCUGUCGAUUUGUAAUUUGUGUGAAUUGAUAAUGUCUUAACGAUUUUAA